GCUUCCUCGCUGACGCCCCGCGCCCCGGCGCGCCUUGGAGACAUUUACUCGAGACCGGGGCUCCCUGGCUCUUGGCGGCCUCCCCCUUCGCGCUCGUCCUCGACGGAGAGCGGCGGCGGCUUCCGUUUCUCGGUCGGCGGGGGCGAGGCAGCGGCGCGGCCAGGCAGGGACGGCGGCGGCGGCGGCGUCUAAGAUGGAGGCUGUGGCGCGGAGCAGCUUCCAGCCCCAUCCCGGCCUGCAGAAGACCUUGGAGCAGUUUCAUCUCAGCUCCAUGAGCUCGCUGGGCGGCCCGGCCGCCUUCUCGGCGCGCUGGGCGCAGGAGCUGUACAAGCGCGAGCACGGCAAGGAGCCCGCGGCGGCGGCGGCGGCGGCGCCCCCGUCCUCGGCGGAGCCGGUGCUGCACUUGCCGCCCAUCCAGCCGCCGGCGGUGAUGCCGGGCCCCUUCUUCAUGCCCUCGGACCGCUCGACGGAGCGCUGCGAGACCGUGCUGGAGGGCGAGACCAUCUCGUGCUUCGUGGUGGGCGGCGAGAAGCGCCUCUGCCUGCCGCAGAUCCUCAACUCGGUGCUGCGCGACUUCUCGCUGCAGCAGAUCAACGCCGUCUGCGACGAGCUGCACAUCUACUGCUCGCGCUGCACGGCCGACCAGCUCGAGAUCCUGAAAGUCAUGGGCAUCCUGCCCUUCUCGGCGCCCUCCUGCGGACUCAUCACCAAGACGGACGCCGAGCGCCUCUGCAACGCGCUGCUCUACGGCGGCGCCUACCCGCCGGGCCGCUGCAAGAAGGAGUACCCGGGCGGCGCGCACGGGGGCCCGCUGGAGCUGGAGCUGGAGCUGACCGAGCGCAGCUUCAAGGUGUACCACGAGUGCUUCGGCAAGUGCAAGGGACUGGUGGUGCCCGAGCUGUACAGCAGCCCCGGCGCCGCGUGCAUCCAGUGCCUGGACUGCCGGCUCAUGUACCCGCCGCACAAGUUCGUCAUCCACUCGCACAAGUCCCUGGAGAACCGGACUUGCCACUGGGGCUUCGACUCGGCCAACUGGCGCGCCUACAUCCUCCUCAGCCAGGAUUACGCCGGCAAGGAGGAGAAAGCCCGGCUGGGCCAGUGCUUGGACGAGAUGAAGGAGAAGUUCGACUACAGCAACCGGUACAAGAGGAAAGCGCCCAGGGUCCCAUCUGAUCCUCCUGCUCCCAAGAAACUGAAAACUGACGACUCCUUGCAGGCUCUGGUAGUUGGCGACAAAGAGAAACAGUCGAACUGGUUGCGGUCUUUGUCCGGUUCGUCCAGCAAGCAGAGCAUCGGCUGCAUACACCCACGGCAGCGCCUCUCUGCCUUCCGGCCCUGGUCCCCGGCCGUUUCAGCCAGUGAGAAGGAUCUCCCAAACCACAUCCCUGCUUUGAUCAGAGACAGUUUCUACUCGUACAAAAGCUUCGAGAACGCCGUCGCGCCCAACGUCGCCCUCGCCCCUCCACCGCAGCCAAAGAUCGUCAGCAACCCCCUGUGCGCCACGGCGGUGCCACGGAGCAGUGAGCCGCUGAGCAGCCCUCCCCAGCCGAGGAAAAGAAAACACGUCCCCGAGAAUCCGGCGAUCCCCGAACCUCUUCCCACCGCUGCCGUCACGCCCACUGCCGCUGCUCUCCCCGCAACAGAAGAAGAGAAGGAGUCCGAAGCAGAAAUUGAAGUGGAAACCCGAGAAGAAUGUAAGUUCACCUCCUCCUUGUCCUCGCUGUCGUCCCCGUCCUUCACCUCCUCGAGCUCCGCCAAGGACAUGAGCUCGCCCGGCAUGCAAGCCCCGCUCCCCGCCGGCAGCGUGUUUGAAGCCGCCGGCCACGCGGAGCCCCCGAGCAGCGCCACGGGGCUGGAGGCGGAGCUGGAGCACCUCAGGCAGGCCCUGGACGGCGGCCUGGACACGAAAGAAGCCAAAGAGAAAUUCCUCCACGAGGUCGUCAAGAUGCGAGUGAAGCAGGAAGAAAAGCUCAACGCCGCCUUGCAGGCCAAACGCAGCCUUCACCAGGAGCUUGAGUUCCUCCGCGUGGCCAAGAAAGAGAAGCUGAGAGAAGCCACCGAAGCCAAGCGCAACCUAAGGAAAGAGAUCGAACGCCUCCGGGCUGAGAACGAGAAGAAAAUGAAGGAAGCCAACGAGUCCCGAAUACGGCUAAAGCGGGAGCUGGAGCAGGCCAGACAAGUCCGGGUGUGCGACAAGGGCUGUGAAGCAGGCCGGCUGCGGGCCAAAUACUCCGCCCAGAUUGAGGACCUGCAGGUGAAACUCCAGCACGCGGAAGCGGACCGGGAGCAGCUGCGUGCGGAUCUGCUGCAUGAGCGGGAGGCACGGGAACACCUGGAAAAAGUAGUCAAGGAACUGCAGGAGCAGCUGUGGCCCAAGCAAAGCGAGCUGCCCGGCAGUGAACACACGGCGAGAGGCUUGGAGAACUGAGCCCGUUCUGAGGAGUGCGGGGCAUCCGUCUGAUCCCGAGGCCGGACGGAGGAAAGAUACACAGUAAGGCAGAAAGUGUAGGAGAGGAGCUGAGGCGAGGGGUGGCGUCCCUGGCCUCGCCGCCGAGAAACACGGACUUCGUUCUUAAUUGGAGGGCAAUGUUACUCUUUCUAACAGAAGCACUGAAUCCCACCUCUCUUUUUCCAGUUCAUAUAGCACAACAUCUUCCCGUGCCUAUAACAUGAAGAGGGUCUAUAAGCCUAAACUACUUUUUGAGUCUGCAGCAAAAAAAAAUAAUAAUAAUUUUUUUCUACUGGUAAACACAUGCCUGGCAAGCAGCAUGGAAGCGGAAUCCAAACCGAGCAACGGGGCUGCUUCUUGGGAACACUUUGGAAUUGACACACACACACAAAACCCCUUUUGUGAUAAGCUAUUUAAAAAUGCAAACAAUUGAGUCAUGAAGAUGUGGUAUUAAAGCCAUUGGCAAGAUUUUUUUUAAAUACAUAUAUAUAUAUAAUAUAUAUAUAUAUAUAUUAUAUAUAUAUAAAGGGGGAGGGAAUACUUCCAGUACCUACUCUAUAGAGACAACUUGCUAUGCCCUUUGGGUUUUUUCUUAAGAGAAGUGUUGGGAAAAGCCCUCAAAUAAGCCAUGACCAUUUUAAACCAGGCGAUUUCUAUGAGAAUUUCAAAUUUAGUUUUUUUCCUAGCUAAAAAACUUGUUUCCUCCAUGCUUGAACCAAGAAAAGGAAGAAAGUCCAUGGAGAAAAAGGGAUGGUGGUUAGGUUGCGGUGGGGAAACGAGGUUGCGUUAUAUCCUAAAUGAACCCAGCCUUAUUAAAUUCAGUGUUUGUUAAUCAUGCCGUAACAUUUUUCAAUAUAGAUAUAUAUAGAUAUAUAUAGAUAUAUAUAUGUCAAUUAUUAACUGAUGUGUUUUAAAGACUCACUUCAACUCCAGAGCACUUCAGUUUUAGGAAACAAAUAGAAGAAUAAAAAAGAGAGCGAGCGAGCGAGCGUCACAGGAAGACGGCUGGACCAUGAAGUCGCUUGUGGAAGAUACUCGGGAAAACUCGUACGGCACGUGUGUUUGGAAACCGCUCUUUCUGGUUUCCCAGAGAAUUCGUCCCCAUUUAAUCAUCACCUCAGAAAUUUCAGUAUUGUAUGGAGCUUAUCCCGGCUGUCAUGAGCGAGGGCCGUGAUCCCCUCCCAGGAGUGCUCAACUUUGUAUUAAAGAGACAAGAGACUUUUGCUGCUGUGAGAAUUAAGGCUACAUUUCUUAUUCUUUGGGUGGGGUUUGUCCUGGGGGCUUUUUUGUAUUAAAUGUGAUAAAUACUUUAAUAUUGGGAUCUGUGCCGCAAUCCCUGCCCCUCCCAAUGAUGGAUUUAAAAAUAUGCAGUAAAUGACACAACUCAGGGCAAAGUCCUAUCCUCAGUAGGAGUUUUGCUUCUACCUGAUUGGGGCCAACACUUAAUAACCCGCUGGAUUUUUAUUUUUCCUUCGGAAACGUUGUUUGUAAAGAACUGCACUUUGUGUUCCCUUUUUCCCUAUUUCCAUCCGAGAGGUAUUUUAACCUUUCAUCCGUGGUGGGCUGGCUUCAGUUCCACCCCCCCUCCCAAGACCCGUGAGGCUCUUUUGAGAGUAAGAAGGGGUGUAAGGUGAAAUCGGAAUGGUUAAAACCAGGACUGCAGUGCAGGGAAGACGACGGACUUGGGUCCCCCGGCCGAGUCGCUUGGGUCGCUGUUCUGCGGUUCGAUUCAGGGAUGCCGUCCCCCACGAGUCCUGCUGGCCAGACAGUUCCCGAGUACCACCCUAAACCUUUACCUGGGGGGAGUGGGCAGCAAUCCAGUAGUCGCGGAUUCUUGCGCGCCCCAUCUCUGUAUCCCGUUCAUGAAUGCUGAAGAAACCCUGCUCUGUGAAUGAUACCUUUCUCAAGUUACCAAAGUGCAGUCGCCCGUCCUAACAUUAAAGUAUUGACUUAAGAUACACUAGAGGGGGAAAAAAAGGUUGUAUUAAAAAGCUGAUGUUAUCCAUUCUACUAGCAUGGAACCCGAGGAGGAGGAAGUACAAUUCCGUUUAUGGGGGCAGGGAGGGGGGGUUGCUACAGAAAAAUAAAGGCAGAUACAUUAGAAAAAUUGGGCAGAAUUGAAAUAUGGGAAGCAAGAAACCGCUAUUCAGACUGUUGUGCAUGAUACAAAGUUGUCUUGCCCUUGUUCAUUUGCAAUGAGUAGAUUCAGCUCUCCCUUCGUAAAGUGCAAUGCAAAAGGAAUAUUGAUUGUGUUUUUAAUGUGAGGAUUUUUUUAAAAAAAUGCUUCUUUGUAUGUUUUUUUCUGCAGUUAUUAAAAAACCCAUAUGCAUGGAAUUAAAAUCUUUGCCAUACAUAUUCUAAUUAAUGGGCAUUAUUACUGUCUUAUGUAAAGGUGCAUAAAGUGUUUUUGGUUCUCAGC